AUGCCUAGCCCUUCAGUCUCUCCUCUUCUUGUUCUGGGCAACCAGCUGUGGCGCUUCAGCAGCAGCAAGCCAGAGGAGCAGAGGGCUGAGCCUCCCAUGGCUCUGGCCAUGUCUGCCCUGCCCACCCCACCCCAAAAUCACGAGAAUGGCAGUCAAGAGGAAAGGAUCUUGGCUUUGCCCCAGAACUCCGCCCUAGAUAAGGAAGCCCCGGAGGCUACAGAGGAGCCUGAUGGCAGGCAGGGAGAGGGCCCGGCAAAUGAGAUGGACAAAAAGGUGAAGAGGAAAAAGAAGAACUACAACCGCCACCCCAAACCCCCCUACACCUAUUUGGCUAUGAUUGCACUGGUGAUCCAGGCCUCCCCAAGCCGGAAACUCAAAUUGUCCCAGAUGAACAGCCCCACCACAAGGCCAUUAGGGCUGGUGCCUGCUGGCCCUGAGGGCCUUUUCACUUUUGCUUUCCUGGCCUUUCAGAUUAUCAAUGAGAUCAGCACUCGCUUCCCCUUUUUCAAAGAAGGCUACCAGGGCUGGAAGGAUUCCAUCCGCCACAACCUCUCCUCCAACGACUGCUUCUACAAGGUGCUGAAGGAUCCCACCAAACCAAAGGCCAAGGGGAAUUUCUGGACCGUGGAUGUGAAUCUCAUUCCACCAGAGGCCCUCAAGCUGCAGAACACGCCCAUCUCUCGCCAAGAGGAGAGGACCUUUGCCGUCGACCUUGCCCCCUACGUGUACCACGAGUGGCCUCUCCGCGGCAGCAGUGGCAGCUCCCGGGCUCCGCACAACGCGGCUGCCUCUGAGGAGACGCCGUGCCUGGCCAGCCAAGGGCCCCAGCAGAGCACCUCCUUCACUAUCGACUCCCUGCUGAGCGACUUCCAGGAAGUGGGCCUGUGUGGGAAGCCCAAGGCGGGCCCCGAGCUGCCGCCCCACGUCACAGCUGGCCUAGAUGUCUGGGGCCCAGUCCCCAUCUACCAGGUCUCCUCUGGCCCCCCUGUCCUGCCCUGGCGGCCCUCCUGCCACCUGCCCACCCUCCGCUCCUUCUCCUCGUCCAGCAGCCUCUCCUCCCUUGGCUCCUUAUCCCCCAACGAAAGGGAGGCCAGGCGGCAGAGGCCAGGGAAAAAGGGGCCAGGUCCCCAUGCUCUGGCCAAGCGCCCCAGGGUCCUCCAGGCCCCUGAGAGCAGCGACUCUGACUCAGAGGGUGGUCCGCCGCCCCCACCUGCCCCACACUGGGAGCAGCUCCCCACCUCGUACACCAAGUGCGUGGCCCCAAACGUGGUGGCUCCCACGAGCCACUCGCCCCCCUUCUCCACCUUCCCCACCGUCCCAGGCCUGCCCUUGUAUAGCCCUGCCCCCUUCCCAAGCCCGGUCUACUGGGAGUUGAUCCCAAGGCCCCUGCUGAGUCCAGCACAGUCCUCCAGGCUCUCAGUAGAGCUGGAUCAAAGCAUGCCUCCCAACAAGACAGUCUUCGACGCGUGGAUGGCCCACCCAGCAGACGUAGUCAACCCGGGCGUUGGCUGGGGAAGUCCUUUCUUCAGGAGCUCUGUGGUAGCCCGUUACGAGCCCUCAUGA